ACUGAACGUUUCCAUCGUCAUAAAAAGCGCGAAAGACAUUUCAAAAGAUAACACCAAAACACCAACUGUCAAGAAUGACACUAUCAAAAUGAAAUGUCAAAAAAAAUAAAUCGCCGAAAAUUAUAUACGUUGUUUAGGAGUCACAGAAUCGUUUUUCGAUAUUUGGAUUCUAAAAAAAAAAAAACUACAACAUACAAUCUGUUUUUAUAAAAUAAACAUUUAUCAAAUCACACGUAAUUCUGUUUUUACAACCAACAUUUUAAACAAUGUUUUCUAAAAUAAUUCAGUACCAAAUAUAAGUGCAUAUUUCAAAGAUUGCGCAUUUUAUGAAGAGAGUCGAAAACAAAAAAAUUUGCCUCCCUAUAGUUCGUAAAUAGAAACACUGUUAAGACUUUUUGUUCGCAUUUUAAUAAUAAAUCUUAUAAAAUUCCAAAUAAAACGAAAAUAUAAUUUAAAUUUACACAAGAACCGACCCCACAUUGAAACCAAAUCUAAGCAAUUUAAUUUAUUAAGUUUUGAUUCGGCCAAUGUUUUGGACAAAUUAAAUGUCAUUUUCAUACUAGACCAAAUAUACAACAAACACAAUGAAUGCGAUAAGCCUUUACGUAUCAACUUCCAGGAUAAUCCUGCAACACGAUCCAAGUACCCACGAUCAAAAAAUAUCAGACCUUUACCGCCUCGUUCCCUAUCUCAGACAAUCCAUUUCGUGUGCAGUGUGUGGACGUCUUCUGAAAGAUCCUUUCGCCCCCAAAGAAUCAAAAUGCCAACACAAUGUUUGCCGUUUGUGUGUUCGCGGAAGAAAAAACAUCCGGCCGUCAUGCAAUUCAUGCAAAGAUUGCCAAGACUAUCGAACUUAUGAGGAGAACAAACAAAUGCGUAUUCUAAUUCAGUGUUACAAAAGCAUGUGUGAGCAUAUCAUGUCCACGGCGCUGUACAACUUAAUUUGCAAGCAAUCUAUUCAAACUAGUAAUGUUGUUAGUGGAAUCAUAAUUCCGCAAUUGAGUUUGGUUGAGUUGAUUGAAGAGGGGGCAAACUUUGAAGAUAUUCUGAUGGUGUUCUCUGCAGAGUUACCCAAAACUUAUGUAAAACCUGCUUUAGUAAAUACAGUGCCUGCUCCGCAUCCGCCAUCGCCUAUGCUUCAAGUAUCAUCACCGCAAUUGCCGUUGGUAAUUAAACAAGAGUUUCCGUUGAUCGAUAUUUCUAAACCUGUGCCGAUAGUCGUCACACAAACACCGUCAUCUCAAUCGUUAUCGUAUCUUAAACAUUCGUCAGCAGCAAUUAGUUCAACUUCAACAAGUGCUCCUACUAUAGUGAGUUCUUCGAUGAAGUUAGGUCAGAUUAACAAAACUCCAAGCUUUGUAACGCAGCAUAGGAGCGAUGCCAAAGCGUCUGUGAUGAUGGCACCGACUGUUGAUGGUAUAACAACACAGCAAGUACGGAACCCGCCUCCCAUUAAGACAGUUUCAAAUGGGACUGCAAUGUAUUCUGUUUUGUAUACUGGAAUUGGCAACAAAAUCACUAUUAAACGGAAGACAGAUGUGGAGGAGGAAAACGCUCCAAGAAAAGCGGUAGCUCCAACACUCUUUCGUCAAGUUAACAAACAAAACACCAAACGGAGAGGAUGCCGGUGUGGCAAUGCGACAGCAACUCCUGGCAAGCUCACAUGCUGUGGACAAAGAUGUCCAUGUUAUGUAGACUCAAAAUCUUGCAUUGGAUGUAAAUGUCGGGGCUGUAGAAACCCCCAUCGGCCUGAUGGUGGAAAAGUUAGACCGGUCAUACCCGAAUUGGCCUGCUAUGAAAUUCAUAUGGCUGAUGAUAGUAUAAGUCCGACAGGAAAUGAAAUACCUGUGUCUAAAGAUGUAGUUACGACGACCAAUCAAUUACCGCCGGCAACAUGUUUCAAACCUCGUAAAGAAUACACCUCGAAUGAUUUUCCUGUUAGUUCGAGAAUAACAGUGACACCAAUUAUGUCGAGUAUAGGAACGAUUUCGCAUCGAAAUCAAACAUUAAAUGCAACGGCAUCCCAACAGCAGCAGCAGCAGCAGACUGUAGUCAAACAACAACAACAACAGACUUUUACAACAACCAACAAAGUACAAAGGGAUCAUGGCAUAGUGCAAUUAGAAAAUCUUUCUAAAGAAUCUCUAUUGAUUCAGUCACCAGAAGGAAAAUAUCAAGUUGUCAACGUUUUUACCUCUACAUCCCAUCAAAAUCAACAGGCAAUUAAAAGAAUUCACUCAAUAUCCCACAACAGUAAUAAUACUUUCAUUGUACCAAAAUCAAACCAGCAAAUCUCAACGACGAUUCAUCAAAUUCCGGAAAUCAGUACGACGUUGCCGCAAAUUAUUAUGCAGCAACAAUCUCAACAACAACAGAUGCCACCAAAUAAUACUUCUUCAUUUACUUCAAACACUCAACUUUCUACGUAUCCAAAACACAAUAAUGUUAUAACUCUACACACAAUGCCCUCAAAUAGUGUUCCUCAAUCUAAAAAUUCAGCUAUAUCUAUCUCCACAUCUCCCGCUACAUUUACUUUAUCUCCAAUAAUAGUCACAUCACCAAGUUCCUUCACAUCGGAACUCUUUCAGGAUGAUGAAUUUUUGACUAACUCACGCGACUCGCCAUUAUCAAUAGUACACCCGCCACUGUUGGAGGUUCUUGAUACGAGUGAAUUGUAAUUGGUUUCUCGUUUACCUGUGCAAAACUUCAUCUCCCGUAGACCUUAAGAUAAUAAAUAAAAAGUAAUUUUUUAAUAACUUUAGAUUAAUGAAGCCUUAGAUAAUUUUGUACUGGGAUGUUAUAGUUAAAUUUAUUUUCGGUAUUUCAUACAUACGCGAGUAAAUAUAAAUUUGUUUUAGAACUCUUAUUGUUUUAAUGUCUAAAUUUUACAAUGCAAAAUUGAAGAAAUAAGGUUAUUUAAAAAAAAGAACACACUUCAUCUUAUGAUUAUAGCUAUAAAUACAUAGGUUAAAGGAUUAAUUAUAUUUAAGGCUAAUGCAAAAAAAACUUGAUUAUGAAUAAAAAAGAACAUGACUUAGAUUUUUUAAAUUGCCUGUUUUUAUUUCUGGUGAACAGUAAAAUCUACGUUCAUCAUUUAAAAAAUAAUAGGUCUGUUUAAUGAAUCUGACCCGCACAGAAAAGAACAGAAAAGAUCCAAAAAGUACAAGUUUUUGUGUUUCAUGAAAAAAAAAACCAAUCUAACUUGUUCUACAAUUUGUCAUUUUAUGUUUCAUGAAGUUUUUCAGAACAGAAAAGUUCAAGUUUUUCUGCUCCUACUUUUGGGGUAGAGCAAGUGAGGGAAAAGUGUCAAUUGUCAGCUGUUUGUUUGAUUGUGAAAAAAAAUAAGACAAAAUAAUAUUUUAAAAAGUGAAUUUCUUAAUAUUUUUUGAUUAAUA